AUGUUACAACUGAGCCUAUGCAUCGGCUCAAUUGCUAUUGUCACCUUUUUAUUGCUCGGCCUCGACUGGGUAGCCACUUUGAUGGUGCUUGUCGGCGUCCUCCUUGUCACACUCAGCCUGGUCACCAUGAUGGCUCUAUGGGGCAUUGAACUAAACGCUCUCUCUUUGGUCAAUCUCGUAGUGGUAAAUAUAUUUUUGUCCUUUGGUCGACUCGCUUCUUAUUUUAUUGCACGCGUAGGCAGCAUAAAAACUUUAGGUUCUUUGAUAGUCCAAGAAAUGUCUUAUAUAAUGUCUCUACCAUGA